AUGCGUUCAACCGCGCUCUGCUUGACUUGCUCAUCGUGUCUUCCACCAAAACCUGACGCAGACUUAUUUAUGACCAAAUGCUGCGUUCGCCCUAUCUGUCCAACUUGUAUCGGCUCAAACCCUCGCCUGAGGAGCUAUAACCCCUGCUUGUCUUGUUUAGGCGGCGUGGGCGUGGUUAGCUCGGCUUUCCCGCGGAACAUCCGCGCCUCGAAUAAUGACACAGUGCGGGCCCGGGAUGAAGAUAUAUUUAUUUUGGGGGAUGAUGAAGAUGAUGAAGACGAAGCUCACGAGCUUGCUUCAGUGCCCCCGACCUCUAAACCCGCUCUGCCUGCAUAUCCUUUAACGUUUUCGUCACCAUCCAGUCUAACCAGUGAAUCAAUACUCAUUACGCAGACUGGCGAUGCAUCUGCAGGACAUGCGAAGGUUGUAGUCACGGAUGAGCAAUGUAUCCCCUCUAGACAUUACAUUAAUUCUAGGGACACACUACAAGGGAUUGCUCUCCGCUAUGGAGCCAAUGGUCGGGAAUUAUGCCGUUUGAAUAACCUACCCCCAAGUACCCUUUCUACUACCCCUCAUCUACUCCAUACCCGCACUUUUAUCGUCCUACCGCCCUCCGCCAAGUCGCUCUCCGUUACGCGGGAAGCGGAUCCGGACGCAGGAGCAAGGCGCGUCCGCGAGAAAGCCGAGAUGCGUUUGCAAAUGCUGACGAAAGAGGUAGAUUGGCGCGUGGCGAAGGCAUACGUGGCUCUGGCCGAUGAUCCUGACGAAGAAGCCGUGUAUAGCUUCAAGUACAAAGAAACUGGCGGCACUGGUGCCAGCACCUUGGAAGCACAAGACCAGGAAUGGGAAGAGGAACAAAGAACAGCCGGCAAACACAUCUCGUUAAAAUCGCCAACAUUGCUUCGAGGCAAAGUUAUUGCAUAG